GGGGUUGUGUUGAGGUGGCGGACAGGCCAGAGUCUUGAUUGGCUCUGGCCUAAGGCAGUAGGAGGAGACUUCCACAAUGGAUGGGACUGCUGGGGACAAAUGUUUACUAAUGCUGUCUGGCUGUGCAGGGAGGGGAAGCAGAGAGGAAAAGACCACAACACAACAAGAAAUCCUGCAGGUACUUGGCUCUCGGGUUGGGCUAGAUCUCUUGGCUGGACUUCCUCAGUGAUAAUUUCACAUUUCGACACGUUAGCUCAGUGAAAAAAAACAACUAAUGAUUUGCUUUCAAGGACAUUGAGGACCUCAACAUGUAGCUACUUAUGAAGAGACUGGCAUAAGACAUCUCAGGACAACAUCCCAGAAACACUGAGCACCAAUGUCAGAGGAGCACUGUGACAGGAGCACAGGUCACGUGACAUAUCAGGCAUAGCAGGAAGUAAUCGCUGAAUUCUUAUCGUACCACUCUGUACAGUCAGCUGUACAGUUUUACAUUUCAGUCAUUUAGCAGACGCUCUUAGGGUUAAGCGCCUUGCCCAGAGGCACAUUGACCGAUUUUUCAACGACUCGACAGGCCCAACGCUCUUAACCACAAGGCUGCCUGCCACACAGUUCUGACCCCACUGUUUCCUACCACGCGUUCGUGAUCAGAUGCACCAUACCCACACUCCGUCACACUCCAUACCCUCUCACCCACCUAGGAGCCCUUCCAUAGCCUGGGUAGACUCAUCACCAAGGGCACCAUUGGACACUGCACCCUUCAGAAAUGACCGGUACCCAGCUCAUGAACGAUCCCACCACAAACUCUCCGUUCAGCUCUCCCAGCUCCAACUCCAUUCAGCUCCAUUCAGCUGCCAUGACAUCCCCAGUUCCCCCUUUUUCCCGGGCCACCUCAGUCCCCUCGCCUCAACUGCCUCCGGCCCUGUGGCCCCCGCUGGACUUUGCCUUAGGAGCGUUGUCGUGCUGCGGGGCCUGUGUGUUCACUAACCCCCUGGAGGUGGUAAAGACACGGCUGCAGCUGCAGGGAGAGCUGCGGGCGCGGGGGUCCUACCGGCAGCACUACCGCGGGGUGCUGCAGGCCCUGUGGGUGGUGGGGAGGACGGACGGGCUCCGCGGGCUGCAGAAGGGGCUCUCGGCUGGGCUGAUGUACCAGGGUCUGAUGAACGGCGUGAGGCUGGGCUUCUACUCCUACUGUGACACCGUGGGGGUCACCGCAGCCCCUGGAGGGAGUCUGAUGUCAGGGGCCGUGGCCGGGGCUCUGGGGGCCUUCAUCGCCUCUCCUGCCUAUCUGGUGAAGACACAUCUGCAGGCCCAGACAGUCGAGGCCAUCGCAGUGGGUCACCAGCACAACCAUCAGGGUGUGUCGAGUGCCUUCGCCAAUAUCUACCGGCGGGAGGGCGUGGUGGGGCUGUGGAGGGGUGUGAACGGAGCUGUGCCUCGAGUGAUGGUGGGAUCAGCCGCCCAACUGGCCACCUUCAGCUCCGCCAAGGAAUGGGUGGCACGCCUACAGUGGUACAGUCCAAACAGCUGGCUGGUUGCCUUGACAGCUGCCUGUAUCAGUGGAGUCGCCGUGACGAUCACCAUGACUCCGUUUGACGUCAUCAGCACACGCCUCUACAACCAGCCAGUGGAUGAGCGUCAUAGGGGUCGCCUGUACCUGGGCUUCUCAGACUGUCUUGUGAAGGUGUGCCGGACAGAGGGUCUUCUGGGGCUGUAUAAAGGUAUGGGCCCGGUGUUCUUCCGCCUGUGCCCUCACACUGUUCUAAGCAUGCUCUUCUGGGACCUGAUGAGACAACGGGCCUUUCAGGACGUCCAGAAGCAGAGCUGAAGAGAAGAGGAUAUUCAGCAAAUCUUGGAGGACACUGGAAGUUGAUUUUAAAAUGAAAACAUGUUUUUGCCUGCUGUCUUCAUCAGAGCCGGAGCUAAGACAAAAGCCUCAUAUGGUGGACAGAGUUGAAUGAAUGACUGGUCCGUUGGUAGAGACGAGCAGUAGACGCUCUUUGUGAUGCCAGUGUGGAAAGUUGGUUGAGAGAAGGAGAGACGAGGAGAAGGAGACGCUCUCAAUUCCACAGAAUAGACUUGCACUCCCUCACUGGUUAACAGGAAGGAUACAUAAUGGCUUGAUAUACACUGAGUGUACAAAACAUUAUUGAGUUGCACCCCCUUUUGCCCUCAAAACAGCCUCAAUUCAUCUGGGC